AUUCCCUCCCAUCCGCCUCACAGCAGCCUCCUGUCAGCCAGAGGUUACACCAGCCGGGACAACGGGCGCAAAUAUGUGAUUUGGGUUGACACACUAGCGGUAUUUGGGAGUUUGCCAGUGCAGCUCGCAGAGAAAUAAACCAGGGUAAAGUGGAGACAUAUGCUCGGGAGCGGCGGCUUUGUUCUUGUGAAGGUUUGUAGUGGAGGCUGCUGGACGGGACAGCGGACCAUCGACUGAGGUGCGUCCGAUAGCACUAGUAAAGUUUCCAUCCUCGAUUCUCAUCCAGAGAUGCUUCCCAGCCUGCGAAGAGCCGUGCGGCCCGUACUCUCUCUCAGAGCCCGAACCGGACUCACCACCAGGGUCGGACUCAAUAGCCACCACACAGGCGGUGGAGCUCCCUUGGGCCACGUCGAUCCGCCCGUGUCCAUGCUCGUACAGCGGUGUAACCUGGGCACGCACCCUCUGAAGGAACCCGUGGAGUCCCUCAACUCUCCCCAAGGAGCCAAGGAGUUUAUUUAUAGUCUGCAUCCGUCUGAGCGGAGCUGCCUGCUCAGAGAACUACACAAGUUCGAGUCAAUGGCUAUUGCUCAAGGGCAGAUGGAUAUCGCUCCACCAACUACUGCACAGCUAAGAUACGUUCUUUUGCACAACGCACUCCCAUUUGUUGGGUUUGGAUUCCUGGACAACUGCAUCAUGAUUCUUGCUGGCACACAGAUUGAAUUGUCUAUUGGAGUUAUUCUAGGCAUUUCAACCAUGGCAGCUGCUGCCCUUGGCAACCUGGUGUCGGACCUGGCAGGACUGGGGUUGGCAGGUUACGUGGAAGCCUUGGCGUCUCGGUUGGGGAUGCAGAUUCCAGACCUGAGCCCCAAACAGGCGGACAUGUGGCAGACCAGGGUCAGCUCCCACACGGGUAAAGCGAUUGGCGUUGGCAUUGGGUGUAUCCUCGGCAUGUUUCCACUUUUGUUCUUUAAAGAUGACGACAAAGAUGAGAAGAAGGAUGGGAAGACAGACACUAAUGAGAAAACACAGCCUGCUGAGGCCACAGAAAGCAGCAAAAACUGAAGCUAUCAAUUUGCUGUUGAAAAAGACUAUAUACAGAAUGGCCUUGUUGGGCGGACUAUGUGGGGACCAUACCCAAUCACGUCAGAGGUGAAUGAAAACGAAUUAAAAGAUAUUCUGAAAUUGAUCAUAGUUUAUUUGAUUGUAGGAUUUUAAGCACAGGGACCUGGAUGUCACUUGAAGGAGACUGAAAGCCCUUCAAAAUGGCGAACUGCUGCUGCUGUAAACUAACCUCUAAUUUUGACUGAUACGACAAAAUUUUACUUAUUUUAAGAAGACAAAAUGACACACUCCAUUUGCCUUUGCUUCAUCUGUCCUAAAAAGGAACAAGCAUGAUUCCGCAUUCCGCAUACAAAUAAACAAGAAGGACCUAGUUUAAAUUACUGUUUGACAAAAAAAUAUAUAUUAUUAAGCAUCUUAAGGCAUCUUGUGUUGGGAUUUAGUGUUUUUGUCAUAGUUUAAAUAGGGCUUUGUUCAGCAGUGUUAAAACAAGAACUUCCUAUGUGGUUGCAGUUAUAAGCUAAGACAGCAGUGCAUGUGAAGGUGCAAUGUCAGAUAUCCGAUUUCUUAAGCAUGGUUGUUUAUUUUGAGCUGAAAUUGGUCCUCUGUAAGAAUCUUGUUUCGUCCAUUUGAAACAUAAACUGUAUUUUUAUGUAAUUUUAUAAACUGCACUCACAAUGUACAUAUUAGGCAGAAACAGCACAUGCCUCAUAUGUAAAUGUGUGAAAUAAGGUGAAGAGAAUCACUUAAGUACCUCAACAUGUGCAAAGAAAUUGUAGCUGAAAGGAAGGACUGUGAGCUGCAAACCAAGUACAGAAUCAGCUCAAGCUUGUUACAAACUUAUUCUUCCCAGUUUCAAACAAUAAAUAUAUUUGACUUCCACAGUAAUAUUUUCUAUUGCAGCUUUUAGUAAUGCUUCUUACACUAACCCUCUCCCCCUCAAAAUAUCUAUUUUAUUUUCUGACUAGUUGGACCUGAUUUGGACACGGCUUUUCAGGUCUUCCUCUGAGAAAAGGCUGUUGCUAUGUACUAUGUUGCCAAGCACAUCACCCACCUCCCUACGUUAUUUCUAUGCUGCCCUCCACUGGCUAAAAUCUAAACUGACAGACUUCAAAUCCCUAUCACUCUGUUUGGGAGCUGCCAUCUACUAGCACACAUCACUUUUAAAUUUUGUCUUUAUAAGAAUGUUAGAAAGAGAAGCAGUCACUAAAGAAGACAGCAUCUGCUCAUUUAUUAGACAUUUUCUUGCUUCAUGUUCUUGUGUUAGUUGAUUUUUGCAUUUUCUCAUAAUCCAGAUUACUCAAAUUCUCAAUUUUCAUAACAUUUCAUUUUUGUACGCACACCUAAAUUUAACAAAAGACAUUUAGACUAAUGUUUCAGGGAGACCAUCCACUUGUGUAUGGAAUUGGCGCUGAGCAAAAUAAAUGUGUAACAUGUACUAAAUCAUUCAUUAACUUUGAUAUUUUAGCACACAUUACCUGUUUUUAUGUAUUGCAGCUUCUGAUGCCAAGUACUCCAUAUAAAGAAAUGGUAAACUUGAGACUUAACUUGUACAAGAUAAGAUUGUUCUGCUUAUUUAUUACAUAGACAAAUACAAAGAUAUGGACAAAAGAGAAAAGAAGUCUUUAUUUAUGUAGUUAGCAUUUCAGUCUGAAUGCUUGACCAUUGUGCAUGCACUAAUACAAAUCUUAUUGUACAUGUUUACUUUGUCAUAAUAAAAUCAAGUCUGCUGCAGAUCAUUGUCUUAAGCACAUGUUUGUGAAUAAUGCUUAAAAUCAUCAUUAUAAAUAUUCUGUAAAGUUCAAAAUGCUUAUGCAGGCAUUAGUAUGUUUUUGCAUUCUGUGUUUUAUUUUUAAUGAAAUUUACAAGAUAGAGACGUAAGGAGCAAAGAAAAUGUUCAGUUAUGUUGCAGCAUCCAGAUAAGUGUUCAGAUCAGCAGUAGUGCAAAGUAUGUAUGCACCAUUACACUAGCAUGGCAGCAGGUUUGUAAUGGUCUUUGUUUUGGAGUUAUAUGAACUUACAUGUAUCCUGUUAUGUAUCAUCAGUAUUUUGUUGUUCAUUAUUUUUGUCUAUUUUCUCUCCCGCUGGUGUCAUUAGCUGAACAUAUCUACUAUACUCGGAGGUAAAGCAUUACUAGUGUCAGGGGACAGUUGAACACAAGGGGCACACUGUAGCCAAUGUGUGCGGCAGAAUAAACACAGACUAUACAGAUUAGAGCUUUUUAUUUAUCUUGUUAAAUAUCACACACUUUAACCAUAUGCAAUACUAAAAAUGAACAGUAUUUAAGACACAUAUGUUAAUAGCAGCUCAACAUAAAUAUGUAUCAUGUAAAUGGCUCCUUGUAUAAAUAAACAUUCUUAUUUGAAUUUGUCAAUUACAGUGGAAAUAAAAUAGUCACAGUAAACCUGAAA